AUGAAGGCUCUAAUUCUUGUUGGAGGGUUUGGUACUAGACUUCGUCCUCUUACCCUCACACUUCCAAAGCCUUUAGUAGAGUUUUGUAACAAACCAAUGAUAUUGCAUCAAAUAGAAGGUCUUGUUAAGGUUGGAGUAAAAGAUAUUGUUUUGGCCGUUAAUUAUCGACCAGAGAUUAUGGUUAAUCUUUUGCAAAAAUACGAAGAAAAAUAUAAUGUCAAGAUUACGUUCUCAGUUGAAGAAGUACCUUUAGGAACUGCUGGUCCUCUUGCUUUAGCUAAAAAAACACUUGGAAAAGAUCAAUCACCUUUUUUUGUUUUAAAUAGUGAUAUCAUUUGCGAGUAUCCAUUUGAAGAAUUAAGAGAUUUUCACAUUGCACAUGGAAAUGAAGGAACCAUUGUUGUCACAAAGGUAGAAGAACCUUCAAAAUAUGGUGUGAUUGUUAAUCAUGCCGAUUCAACUUGUAUUGAAAGAUUUGUUGAGAAACCUACAGAAUUUGUUAGUAACAAGAUCAACGCAGGAAUUUAUAUUUUUAAUCCUUCUAUACUAGAUAGAAUUGAGCUUAGACCAACCUCAAUUGAAAAAGAGAUUUUCCCAAAUAUGGCAAAAGACACUCAAUUGCAUUCAUUCGAUCUUGAAGGUUAUUGGAUGGAUGUAGGUCAACCAAAAGAUUUCUUAACUGGUACAUUCCUAUAUCUCUCCAAUCUUGCAAAAAAACAACCUAAUCUUUUGGCCAGUUCUGCUUGUGAUUACAUAUAUAAAGGUAACGUGUUGGUUGACGAGACCUCUCAGAUAGGUACUGAUUGUAAAAUUGGUCCAAAUGUCACAAUUGGUCCAAAAGUUGUAAUUGGAAACGGUGUCAGAUUAGAAAAUUGUGUUAUAUUAGAAGGUGCUCGUAUCAAAGAUUAUGCUUGGGUAAAAAAUAGUAUCAUUGGAUGGCAUUCCUCACUUGGAAAAUGGCGCUAA